CUGAUGAAUGCGGAAGAGGUGAAGGGUCAGAGUUGAAUGUUUGACAGAAAGCUGAAUAUGGAUUCCAUAUUUCAUGAGAAACAAGAAGGCUCCCUGUGUGCCCAGCACUGCCUGAACAACCUCCUCCAGGGGGAGUACUUCACCCCUGUGGAUCUGUCCUCCAUUGCUCAUCAGCUGGAUGAAGAGGAGAGGAUGAGGAUGGCAGAGGGGGGCAUGGCCAGUGAGGAGUAUAGGACAUUCUUACAGCAACCCUCAGGGAACAUGGAUGACAGUGGAUUCUUUUCAAUACAAGUUAUUAGCAAUGCUCUCCGGGUGUGGGGGUUGGAGCUCAUCCUCUUUAACAGUCGAGAGUACCAGAGGCUGAUGAUAAACCCGAUAAAUGAGAAAGCCUUCAUUUGCAACUAUAAGGAACACUGGUUUACUAUACGCAAACUGGGACAGCAGUGGUUCAACCUGAAUUCAUUGCUGACUGGACCUGAGUUGAUAUCAGACACGUAUUUAGCACUUUUCCUUGCACAGCUGCAACAGGAAGGUUAUUCCAUCUUUGUAAUCCGAGGAAAUCUCCCAGAGUGUGAGGCAGAGCAGAUUCUUGGGAUCAUGAGGGUCCAUCAGCAGCAGCGGCCCAGACUCAUUGGAGAAGACGAAGCCCAGACCAGUAUGGGCAGGACGACAGCCUCUCAGGCACAGACAGAUGUGGGUUUUGCUGUUGAGGAUGAGGAUGAAGAAUUAAAGAAAGCUCUGGCUCUCAGCAGACAAGACAUGGAUGUGGAAGAUGAAGAGGCUGAUGUUCGGAGAGCCAUACAGCUCAGCAUGCAAGGAGCAGUGAUGAGCAACAGGUCCUCAGAAGGUGAGGUGGCAGGUGUGAAAUCGGUUCGCACCAAUGAAGGACCCAAAGAAGGCCAGAGCGAUGCACUUACAGCCGAGGAGCUGAGGAAGAGGAGACAGGCCUACUUUGAUAGACAGCAACAACAAGCUCAGCCAAGCAUUCCCCAACAGCUAGACACACAACCAACCGAUGGGUCAGGAACAGCAAACACCGCCUCUGAGGAAGAACAACAGCAAAAGUCCAGCCAGUGAAGUUGUGGAAAGUUUGUGUUGUUUACCAGUGGCUUGGAUUGGAAACCCCUGACUGGGGUAUCUUUGCUCCCUCCUCUAACCUUUUGCAUAUGCAAACACAAGGACGUAAGGACAUGGUUUCCUGUGUUAGUUCACUGACCGACCAUAGAGAAGAGAAGAACGCCGAUGAAGAGGCAGCACUAUGUGAAGCGCUCAGAGAGUGGGGGAGAGGGGUCACCUUUGCUCAAGAGGACUCAUGAUGCAGUAAAUUCAAGAUUGCAAAUUGCCUUUUUUACCAUGGCGCCUUCUUUUCUAUUCUAUACAGUUUGGUUGGUUGUUUGUUUUUUAUUCCAGUUCUUUUGUUUUUUUAGAAAGACCUGGAAAGACAAAAAAAAAAAACAUGCAUUGGGUAUGUGUAGGAGGUAAAAAAGAUGAGCUAGGCAUUCUAUGAAAGCCAUGUGAGACCAACGUUUUGGACACAGAUAAAAGCUUUAUAGGUAACGUAGUCUCCUGCUGCGAAGUUUGGUUUUGUGGAACAAAAAUGUAAGAAAAAUUAUUCUGAGUCUUUAUCCAUCACAACACCUUUACAGCUGGAAAUAAUCCAACAAAUUCUCACCGCACCAGUGUCUUUUGGUCAUAAACACUCAUGUCUGUGGGUCGUUUAUUCCUGAUCUCAGUGAUCAUUUCCCUCCACGGCUUCCAGAAUAUGGUAUCUUUGAUCUUUUUACUUUAUUCCUUUCUUAAAAUGUACAAAUAGACAUUAAAUGAAAACAGUACAAGGGUCCACUGUAGACAAAGGGGGAGUAGUGGUAUUUUUUCGACAUUAGUGGAAUAUCAAAAAAGCAUU